AUGGUACGGCUCAGUCUGUCCCAGCACAUGGCUCCCGCCGAGUACACCAGGCUUAUUGAAGCCGGCGUGGCUCCUACCCCUCGGCAGCUCCAGAAAUCCGUGGAACAUCUGGUUCCGGAGCGUCAUACCCGCGCAGACUGGCAGAGGGCCAGUGCAAAGAAUGCCCUGCUCGCGGCUCGGGGACUCUCGUCAAUCAACCAACUGUCAUUCCUAGACAAGGCGUGCAUUCUUACCGUGUUGCGCGACCACCACGACUCCAGCAACUUCCACCAGCAUGCUGAUGAAUUCCGGAGCAUUGUUGCGCUUGGACACCGCGCCAUCAAUUACCGCGUGACAAGCCUCCUGGAUUUGGUCUCGGCACGGCCCCCCGUUCAUAAUUACCGCACGUACCUCAUGCACUUCGCGUUGAGUGAGGGUUGGGUGAUCCAACACGUCAUGAAGCCUCCUAACUCUCCCUACUCGCAAUGUCGCCGCUCUGCCAGAAGCAACGCCGGAAUGCGUAACACUCUGGACGACAUGGUUUAUUACGGACAGGGGGCUCAGUCUCCCCGGCCUAACAGUCAGAACGUGCAGGUGGCACCGCAUAGUGGCGGCCAAGCGCAGGGCGGUCACGCGCAUUCGGACUCGGGGUAUCUGCAGUGGGCGGAUCGGGUGGAUGUUGAGGACUUAGAAGAAGACGAUGCGGAGGACACAUGGAUGCUUGAGGAGGAGGAGGUGGACGAGGACGCAGAAGCCGCCCAGCGCACCCAACGUUCACUCUCGGAGGUGGUGGCUGCCUCUACCCCCGCCACAUCCGAGGAGCAACCCCCUGGUGCGCGCGGGCGGACGAUGCCGUCCGAGUCUCGCCGUGGUCAAGUUUCAGUACGCAACGCACCUGACGACCCGGUCGAUGCCGCGAUGGCUGCCCGCGUAGCGGAACAGGAGCGCCGUAUUGCGGAGCUGCAUGAGACAAUUGCGCGCCUGGAAGGUGCUCGCCGCGCCGUUGCUCGAGGCGCCGAGGCGCGCUCCGCUCCAGUACGCGCGCGGGAACGCGAUGGUGCGGUGGAAACGCCGGCUACGACUCGCCAACGCACCGUGACGGGAAGGCAGGAUACCCGCACCGGCACGCAUAGGGACGAGCCCCUGGCGCCCAUGGUGGAAGCAGCUCUGAACCGCGAGGUGCGCCAAGCGAACACUGGAGGCAUGGCUACCGCUGGGAUGCAGAACUGGGCCGAACGUCUGCAGGUCGUGCACAAAUUCUUUCCAGGCAUGGAUGACGGCUGGAAGGUGGUGGUGGUUGACGCGAUCAAGAUCAUGGUGUACGACACGGAGGUGGGGGAGCUCAACUUCUGGGUUCCCACACCGCUUGUUGAGAAGAUCUUGGCGCGAGCGCUCAAGCUCACCAAGGCGUCCCAGCGGGCGCUGCUCCACAUGGUGCUCCAGCACGACGAGAAGCGCUCUGGGUGGAUCACUCGCCAGCUGCAAAUCUGGCGCAACACCACGUGGGAGCAAGGCAGGGCUUAUACCAACACGUUGCACGGCUUGCCGUACAGGGCCGGCUCUAACCCGCGUGUGACGAUUCCGGCGCGACCCAGUGCCCAGGAGGUUCCCCGUAUUACAUGCAAGAAGUUCGAUGAAAACUAUCCCGCCGGUGAGGAAGGGCCUGGGACGUUCGAGCUGCGCCCAUGGCACCGCAACGCGGCGGGAGUCCCGUUUGCAACCGAGAACUUUGAGCGCGGGCUUUACGCUUCUUACCGUCGGCCGAUUCCGCCGCCACUGGUGUUGCACACCUACCUGGUGGCGUUUUGGCUGUUCGGAGUCGAAGUUCCAAUUCUCACUGGCGCACCCCUUGUGACCAGCGCUCCGCAAAACGAAGAGGGGGUGCGCUGGUAUCAUGAGCGCGUCAAGCGAUGGAUGCGUGCCGUGAUUCUGCGUCGCACGGCAGAGCACGGCCCAUUUUGGGAUGCAGAUAAGCGGGGAUGGCGGUUCCGUCGCGACAGUGUGGUCGUCAUUUCGGAGGAUGGGAUGGAGGACAUGUCACCUACACUCCCCGCGAAUACUGCCCCUGCGAUCCCUGCGGUUACUCCUAGUGCGGCGAAUCCCUGA